AUGAUGUGGUUGGUGACGAAUACUGGAAAGCCAAUGCACGGCGUCUCAAUUCAAAUUACAUGGAUCGUUUUAUCGGUAAUCGCUGGGAUGUUCAUCGGCUAUGUUGCGGUGAGAGCGAUUUGCUAUUUCCUUGUGAGGGCGAACUUGGUGCCGUGCAAGAAACGAUUAAGCGAUAUAAGAUUCUUUCAAAACGACGCGGAACGAGCGAGAGCAAAGAUAAUCGCAGCCGGUUUGGAGCACAAAUUCAAAGAAGGGAUCCCUUCUUUCACGAUGGUCGGCCCACAAUUUGUCGCAGCUGUAAUGAAUGAUGAUCACACGUCGAUUGAAAUCGAGCCACCGCGUACCGAAGAGCGACACCCGAGAGCUCAUUGGCCGGUUUUUCGAUUAGCUGUCGAUGGAAGGAUCGGAACAAGCAGUCUUGUUGUCUCCGACGUGCCCAAUUAUACGAGAGCUUGUCGAUUACCGACAACACAAACGAGUGAACGUCCUGCAGAGGGUUGGUUUUAC